UGUUUUCGUUGCGCGUGUGAAGGCGUGUAACCCAACAUCGCUUGUUUACUGCCGCGUAUGUUGCUCGAUCGUGCUCACAGAGUCCUCUCGAUGUAAACGUUGCAUAAGGAAGUGCUCACCAUGAAUUCAUAACAGAAGCACUGUUCACAAGUCGCAUCGGAAAAGAUACCGAAACCGCUUCGUGGCAGUGGACGCGUCGACGCAUCAUGAAUGAGCCACGAUUAAGGUGAUCUUUUAGCAGCUGUGUCGUAGAUACCGUCAACACGAGUUUAACAAGACUCUUUCGUGUGCACACGUCUUACGUUGGCGUUGAGCAUGAUGGACAUUCCCGUUCACGGCAGCAACAGUGACAAUGGACAGAGCUCGGACUCGAGUUCCACGGGCUCUGGCAGCUACGUCAAAAUCUCCAUGGACACUGACGAACCGAACGGCUUUGACGCUGACUCGCCCGUCGUUCAAGCUGCCGCCGCGGCUACGGCGAAAGCAGCAACGGCUCUACCGACCAUUUCGCCCCAAGCGCCGCCGGCCAAGGCCUUGGACGAGUUCGUCUUCAUGGCGACCUCGACUUCGAGCCCCGACUACAGUCGCCUGACUGGCACGAUGGAUCCUUGGUCCUCCGCACACAGUGGCAAAGGAGACACCUCGUUUGCAUCUUCCAUGCCUGGUUCGUCGUUCCUGCAUCAGAAAGGCCUCGGAUGGUUGCUCGAGGUGGACGAUGCAGAUGACGAUGACAAAGCUCCUCUCUUAGAGGAGUUGGACAUUGACCUGAAGGACAUCUACUACAAGGUGUGCUGUGUGUUGCUGCCUUUUCCUUUUAUGGGCUACAAACGGCAACUGGUCAGAGACAGCCCCGACUUCUGGGGACCUCUGCUGGUGGUCAUCCUCUUCUCGCUCGUCUCCAUCUAUGGCCAGUUCUCGGUGGUCUCGUGGAUUGUCACCAUGUGGAUCUUCGGAUCGCUAGUCAUUUUCCUUCUGGCUCGAGUUCUGGGUGGAGAGGUGAGCUACUCCCAGUGCCUAGGCGUGAUUGGCUACUCUGUCCUGCCCCUCGUGGUUACUGCGACUACUCUGCCUCUGGUCAGACCGUUCCACUAUGUGGAGUUGACCUUCAAGCUGCUUGGUGUUCUGUGGGCAACAUACAGUGCUGGCUCACUGCUGUGUGUACAGGAACUGCAGAACAAAAGGCCACUGCUGUUGUAUCCCGUGUUUCUGCUCUACGUUUACUUUUUCUCGCUCUAUUCUGGCGUUUGACCCCAGCUGUGGCACAUCCUGAUUGGGAUAGAAGAGUGCGCGAUUUUGUAACCCAGGCAUGUUGGUUUACUGCGCAUAAAUUCCUCUUGAAGAGACUUCUCUUUUUUGCUUGAAAGCUAUUUGUUUGUGCUAAUAUAAUUGUGGGGGCCAGGUUUACAAAGUGUCGGAAGAAGAAAGAAAUAAAUUGUUAUGGGUACGACUUCA